AUGUUCCAGUGGACGAAGGGAGGAAGACAAGCUGCGGUGAAGUACGUUGUUGUACUAAGUGAUGGACUGGUCAGUGAGAGGAUGAAGGUCAAACGUAAAGCGAGAUUAAUGUCCGAUAGACACGGUGGUAUCACAGUAGUAAGUGUUGGACUUGGGCGAUCUGUGUAUCACACCAUACUGGAGAGUGUAGCCUUCAAUAGUUCAUACUUACUGGCACCAGAUCCUGGCAAAUUGCUGGACCUUCUGCAGUUAGAGCUGCAAGAUCAAAACACUACAGAUUGUGUGAAAGAAUACAAUGCUGACAUACUGGUCAUGGUGGAAACAUCAACAACGAGCGGCAAAAUCUAUAAGACGGUGAUGGAAUUUCUACAGACAUUCCUCAGUAAAAUCAACCCGAACAACUACGAUAACAAUAUCACCUUUAGUUUAGCCCAGUAUGAUAAUAAGACUAACUAUAUCAUACGGGAAUGUCGACUGUCAAACUUACAAUACAUCCAGGACGCCAUCAAGGAGCUGAGGCAGUCACCUGGAGAGGAACCGGAUUGGAACAGUUUGCUGAGGUUUGUCGAUGUCCAUACGUCCUACACUAGUGUGAAAAUUCGUAAAUAUGUCAUGUUUGUAACAGCAGGUCACAUCCAAAAAGAAUCUGUGGCACAUAUAAAAAGACAGCUCGUGAAUCUGCGUGACAACAACGAUGUGAUCGUAGUGAUGUUUGGGGUUGCUGACCACACAGACUGGACGGUACUAGAAAAGGUAUAUGAUCGUGGGUUUUACACGUUCUCUACAGAGGAUGUCGAUGUUGCGUCACGUGUUCUUUGGAAUGACAUUAAAAUGACUAACUGUACAAUAAUUUAA